AGGCUCCACCUACAGAGCUUUGCAGAGGUCAGCUUUGGGCUGAACUCUCUGAACUGUUUGCUGACCCAGGACAGGGGUGCUGUGGGGUGGGAUGGGCCUGGGGGGUCAGGGAAAGUCUCCUGCCCCUGCCUGGCUUUUCUUUCUCACUGCAUCCUCAGAGACCAGAAAUACCCACGAUGAUCCAGCAGCAGCUGGGACAGCUCCUGCCAGAGAGGAAGGUGGACACUUCUGCUGCCCUCGCCCUGCUGGGUGGCUCUGUGGCAGCCCUGGUGGUCUGGAAAUGGCUGGGCAAAAAGAUGGUCCAGAAGAAAAUGGAAGAGGCUCGGAGGACCCGGGAUGAGGGGAUGAAGAAAGUGGCAAAGGCUGUCCAGCAGUUCAGGGAGCAGGUCCCCAGUGUCCAGAGGGAUGCCAUUCUGUCCCUGCCCCUGCUGGAACUCACUGCAAAACUCCAGGAAGGGUCUCUGUCCCCCAGGACUGUCCUCUACACCUACUUAGAGAAGGCCCUGGAAGUGACCCAGCAGACAAACUGCGUGCGACACUUUAUCCCAGAGUGUGAGGAGCAGCUCCAGGAAAUAGAAAGGCACAAGGAGAAGGGGCUGCUCUACGGCGUCCCCGUCAGCAUCAAGGAUCACAUCGGCCACAAGGGCCAACUGGCAACCUGUGGGCUUGUGCAGUUCCUGGGCACUGUGAUGAAGGAGGACAGCGUCCUGGUCAAGGUCCUGAAGAGACAAGGGGCCAUCCCAUUUGCAAUGACCAAUGUGCCACAAUCCCUCUUCAGCUACAGCUGCAGCAACCCCAUCUUCGGGCAGACGCUGAACCCCCUCGGCCCGCAGAGGAGCCCGGGGGGCUCCUCGGGCGGGGAGGGCGCUCUGAUCGCGGGGGGAGGCUCGGUGCUGGGCAUGGGCUCCGACAUGGGCGGCAGCAUCCGCCUGCCCUGCAGCUUCUGCGGGCUCUGCGGCCUCAAGCCCACGGCCGGCAGGCUCAGCCUGUCUGGAGUGAUUGGCCCUGUCAAUGGCAUCCUGGCAGUCCCCUGUGCCCUGGGGCCCAUGGCCAGGGACGUGGACAGCCUGGCCCUGUGCAUGAAGGCGCUGCUCUGCCAGGAGAUGUUCCAGCUGGACCCCACCGUGCCCCCCAUCCCCUUCAAUGAGCAGGUGUACUCCAGCUCCACUCCCCUGCGGGUCGGGUACUACGACACCGAUGGAUACUUCCCGCUGCCCCCCUGCAUGAGGAGGGCAGUGAAGGAAACCAGGCGUGCUCUGCAGGCAGCUGGGCACCAGCUGGUGCUCUUCUCUCCUCCCCGGGUGCCCUAUGUCAUGACAGAACUGUUUAUAAAGACGUGUUUUGCUGAUGGAGGCCGUUCCUGGCUGGAUGUGUUCACAGGAGGUAUUGUAGAUCCAGGCCUGAAAUCCCAGGUGAAUUCCUGCAAGAUCCCAAGGCUGGUGAAGAAGCUGCUGGCUCUGCUUGUUAAACCUCUGUUUCCCCGCCUGGCUGACUACCUGAGUGCCUUGGCUGGAAUGAGGUCAGUGAAGGAGAUGUGGAAUCAUCACCAUCAAAUACAGGAGUACCGUGCCCAGUUCAUCGCCCAGUGGAAGGAGCUCCAGCUGGACGUGGUGCUGUGCCCUGUCCUGGGCCCUGCCUUCACCAAGGGAUACCCUGGGAAACUGCUCACUGCCAUCUCCUCCACGAUGCUGUACAACGUCCUGGACUUCCCUGCUGGGGUUGUUCCUGUCAGCACCGUGACAGAGGCUGAUGAGGAAGAGCUGAAGCUCUACAAAGGAUGCUGUGAUGACCCCUGGGACCGGACACUGAAACAGGCGGUGUCAGGAGCCGGGGGGAUGCCCGUGGCCGUGCAGUGCGUGGCUCUGCCCUGGCAGGAGGAGCUGUGCCUGCGCUUCAUGAAGGAGGUGGAGACCCUCAGCCGUGACCAGAGACUGGCCCCAAGGAGAAGGGACAGUGCUGCACCACUGCCAGCAGCAGUGCAGAGAGCACCCUGAGCAGGGCAGGAGGGAAACCCACCUCCUGCCCCCUCUCCUUGCCAAUCAACACAGAUCCUGUGACAUGUCCUGCAGCACUGGCUUAAGACAGGCUCAGACUGGUAAAUCCAGGAACUGCCCUUCUGGCAAGGAUGGCCAUGCAUGUGUGCUCACCCCUUCACCCCUAUUCCCACCAGUGCUGCCUGCUGCAGAAGCAGGGCGGUGCUGAGAGGAAAGGAUUACAAAAGUUCAAUAGCAUUUUCUUGCUGGCACUGGAGAAACUUUGUGUGGAUAUAACUAUGGGCUGCCUCAUGAGGUUUACAGCCCUGUCCAUUACUUCCCACCACUCAGAAAAAUAAAAAUGUAACUAUUAGGAAACUCUUGCCAUAAAUUCCAGUAAUCCUUCACUGUUUAUGAUGAGUCUAUAAAUGAAGUUAUUACUCAGAAUCAUACAAACACCUGCCCACUGGACAUUAAAUGGCAUCUAGCAUGGGAACAUUCACAUUUAACAUACCUUCCUAGCUGUGAGGGAUGGCAUCAGCAGUGGCCUCUACACAGCACCAAACUCCAGCAUCCCAAGCACAUUUCCAACCCCACAGGAGGGGCACUUAGGAACCUCUGAUUUCAGGACCUCAGGCCGCUCUCUCUGAAGGCAGGAGAUAAGCACAGGCAGAUGCAACUCAUUUAUGCAGAUGGUGAGAUCUGGGACAGAAAGGCUGAGAUCCCCAGAUGGUGUUUGUUAGCCCAAACCUGCUCAUGUAGGAUCAAAGCAGUCAGACAGGAGGAGGAGAGCAGGGCUAUUUAUCCUGCCCCACACAGAUGGAUAAAUCACUCCCUCCUCUCAUAAGCCCUCUCUCUCUUUCCCAGAUUAAACAUCUCAGUCAGAUAAAUAUUCAGGAA